AUGUCGACGCAACAGGACACAAGCACUCCUGCCCAGAACGGCUCCGCACCAGCUCCCGCGGCAAAGCAUCCCUUCCUCACGCGCCCGCUCUACGUCUACGACCUGCCACAUUCCCUGCCACAGUCGCUCAAGCUCCGGUCCAUCGACGCAACCGACCCGGCCUCCCUCUACGCAGCCCCCGAGGGCGCCGUCCCCGCCCCAGAUGCGGCUGCAAUCCAACAAGGCGCCGCACACACAACUGCAGAGGCCAAUAUCCCCUCCCCGAUAUCGAGAGGCGCCAACAAGGUCCCGCCCUGCACUCUCUGCCCCUCGUGCCCUCCCUUUGCCUCGCUCUCGGCCCAGCGCGCCCACUUCCGCUCAGACUGGCACCGCUACAAUGUACAACUCAAUCACCGCGGCACCCAUCUCGUCGACGAAGCCAGAUUGGACAAGCUCUGCGAGGAGGUGGACACCGCAGGCGAGACCGACACCGACGAAGACGCCGCAAAGGGCCAGGCAAACAUCCGCACCGAUACCGUCACCAAGCUCAUCCAGAAGCUCACCCUGGGCACGGCAGGUAGCAAGGCCGCAGAUCGCGACGACGAAGACGAGGACGACGAGUUCGGCGACGACCGUUCCGCGCGCUCCGCCGUCACCGCCCGCUCGCCGCUGCUCUGGUUCACAUCGCGAGAGGACGCGGAUCCCCAGGCGCAGAUGCAGCAGACGCAGCUGGGCAUCUACCGCGGCAUCUUUCCGGACCCUGGCACGCCCAUGGCCCCCGACAUCGACCCCAGACUUGGCGCGGCGGAAUGGUACAAGGCCUGCCUCUCUUCCAUGCAGGCGGGCAGGCUGACACGGAAGCCAGGCAAGGCCGGCAGCGGCUGGACGGGCAAGCGACUCAAGGCUCAAGGCGCGCAGGACGCCGCAAAGGUCGUCAUGAUGACGGUGCUUGACGGCGAAGGCUACCUGCCCGGACUCAAGCUCGAAAGCGGGCGCGACAGCAGCGACGAGGACGAGGACGACUCGGACUCGGACGACUACGGCUCCGACCUCGAUGACGGCGUCAGCACCGCCACCGGGACCGCGCAGUCGCUCGCCUCGUCGGCCAUCUCGCGCAACCCCGAGAGCUCCGACCCGCCGCUGCGCCUCUGGACGGUGCUGCUGAUGGGCGGAGGCCACUUUGCCGCCGCCGUCAUCGCCCUCAACCCGCACGUCACCACCGUCAAGGGCAGAAAGGGCAGCGGACCGCGCGAGGAGCGCUCCAUCCUCCUGCUCGCCCACAAGACCUUCCACCGCUACACCACUCGAAGGAAGCAGGGAGGCGGUCAGGCGGCCCAGGAUGCCACGGGCCGCUUUGCCAAGUCGGCGGGUGCGCAGCUGCGUCGGUACAACGAGUCGGCGCUCGGCGACGACAUCCGGACGCUCCUCGACCUGCCCGGCUGGCGCGAGCUCAUCAACCGCAGCGAGCGCAUCUGGAUCAGGGCGGGGGCGCGCGCCGCCAAGGGCACGCUGUGGAGCUGGGAAGGGGGCAAGGCGGCUCGGCGGUCCCCGCUUGACAGCGCCAAGGAGGACGGGCGGCUCGACUCGCUCCCCUUCCCCACCCGGCGGCCGACGAUCGGCGAGACGGUGCGCUGCUUCUUUGAGCUGACCAGAGUCAAGAUCGAGCGCAAGACGGACGAGGAGCUCGAGGCGCUUGACCAGGCCUACCGUGAAAGCCUCUCGGCGCGCUCGCGCAAGGAGGCCGAGGCGAGGCAGAAGGAGAAGCAGGCCAGGGAGCGGACGGCCGAGCUGGAGGCCAAGAAGCGGGAACGCGAAGCCGCGACGCCCAAGCUGAGCGAAGAGGAAAAGGCGCGCAGGGCCAAGUUUGAGCGCAUGGUCGACAUGGUGCGCAAGGGGCGGCUCGAGGCGCUCAUCAACUUUCUCGGCAAGAGCGAGGCCGAGGUGCUGCGGCCUGCUGGGUGGGACAGCGGCCCAGCUGCCACCGACGCCAUGCCCGACGACGCCGACGAUGCGGCGGCCGCAGCCAAGGCACGCGUCGAUGCCAGGCUGCCAGAGUGGUGGCUGCUCGAGCAGAUCGGCGGCGACGGCAGCCGCGGAGCUGCCGAUACCAAGCUGGUGCCCUGCACGCUGCUCCAGCUCGCCGCCGAGGCCGGUGCGGACGAGGUGACGCGGUACCUGCUCGUCGACCGCCGCGCCGACCCGAGUCUGCCCGUCGAACGGGCCGGCGAGAUCCGGCGUCGGAACCGCGGCCAGGCUGCCGCGACGUCCGAGAACGGGGAGCAGGGCAUCGUCGUCGUCGACACGCUCACAAGUGCGGAUGGCGAGGACAGGACGGCCGGACAUCGGGCGGCGUAUGACUUGGCGUCGAACAAGGAGACGCGCAACGUCUUCCGCAAGCUCAUGGCCGAGCAUCCGGACUGGGCCGACUGGGGCGGCAUGGCUGCGGGCGGGGCGCGCGUGCCAAGCGCGCUGACGGCCGAGAUGGAGGAGACGCAGGCCAACAAGGUCAAGGACCGCCGCGCCGCGCUGCGCGAAAAGGCGCGCGAACGCGCCGCCAAGUCGGCGGCCGCCGCGAGCCCAAGGACUCGCGGAUGCCAGCGAGGCCGAACAGCAUCAGCAGAGGGUUGCAGCGGAGGAGAAGGUGAAGGAGUCGCACGGCACGACCAACCGGCUCGGUGGGGCGAGUGCGGCGCCGAGGGCGUUGCUCCAGCAGCGCGACCAGCAGGCGGGCCUGACGCCCGAGAUGCGCGCACGCAUCGAGAGGGAAAAGAGGGCGAGGGCGGCCGAAGAGAGGCUCAAGAAGCUCUCGUCGGGCCAGUGAGCGGCGCGAGGGGCCGAGGAGGGGGGAGGCCUGCAUCCGUCUGUCCAUUCGGAGGGUGGGUAGCGUAG